CCAUCGAACAUGGCCGCUGUCGCCGGUAAAUCGGACUACGGAGACGUAGUUAUUUCGCUAGAAAACUGCAUUCUUGACGAAGAACAACUUCAGAACACACCUUCAUUUAAAGAUGGCUUAGAUAGAGAAGUAGAAAUCGAUUUAAGAAUCUUAGGUUGCGAGUAUAUCCAAAUGGCGGGCAUCUUGCUGAAGCUACCUCAGGUAGCUAUGGCUACAGCUCAAGUAUUAUUUCAACGGUUUUACUACAGUAAGUCGCUCGUAAAACACGACUGCGAGAUAUACGCCAUGGCAAGUAUUUUUCUCGCAGCAAAAAUCGAAGAAUGCCCGAGAAGAAUUCGGGACGUGAUUAACGUGUUUCAUCACAUAAAACAGAGAAGGAAUGCCAGGACAAUUCAACCCAUGGAGUACAUGGGUAACACCUACUUUAACCUUAAAAACCAAGUCAUCAAAGCUGAAAGAAGGAUAUUGAAGGAACUGGGGUUUUGUGUUCAUGUAAAACAUCCUCACAAGAUCAUAAUAAUGUAUCUUCAAAUCCUUGAGAGUGAAGAAAAGAGAGACCUUGCUCAGUCUGCCUGGAAUUUUAUGAAUGACAGUUUUAGAACAAAUGUUUUCGUAAGGUACCCUCCUGAGACCAUUGGCUGUGCCUGUAUAUUCCUUUCGGCAAGACAGCUGGGGAUAAGUUUACCAAACAGGCCACCUUGGUGGGAAUUAUUUGGUGCUAAGUUAGAAGAUCUCGAGGAAAUAAGUUUAACUCUUUUGAGUUUAUAUCUGCGACCAAAGGCUAACAUUGAUACCCUUCAAAAGAAUGUUAAUGAAAUUCGUGAUAAAAUCGCUCUGAAAAAGGGUGAAAGUAAAACAGAAGAGAGCACGGCAGCCAACUCUGCUCCUAAUCUGUCACCAUCAGGCGGAGCCACCGCAGCUAAAGAUGGCUUAGGGUCAAAGUCUUCUUCACCUAAUAAAGUGUCGCCAUCUGCUCCAAGUAUCACGGAUGGCAAAAAGAAGAGCUCGUCAAGGGUAGAAGAAGAAAAAAGAACCAACCACAAAGAACGUCCAGUUUCCGGGGGAAAUCGCCGAAGCAGAUCUCCCGUACAUCACCGCUCUCGGAGCCGGUCAAGAAGUCCGACGCCAAGCCGAAGUCGAAGCCGAUCAAGAAGUUACAGCUUGUCGAUCAGCCCCGACAACAUUAGCAGAAGUGACUCAGAGAGCAGCGACGAAAGUCCGGAAAAAAAGAAAGCGAAGAAUAAACGAAGAAGGAGCCCGCCCAGAGGAAGAGACGAUGAAAAACGAUCACGACCUCGGAAAUACGACGGUAACUACGUGCGAAAGAAAGCGAGAACUGACGGAGCUAAUAGUUACAAACGGGAGAAGGCGCGAAGUAGGUCGCCGUAUUCUCGUAGUCGAAGUCGGUCACGGAGUCCCGUUAAAAGGCAGCGCAUGAAAUAUGAACAUGGGCGAGACAAGAAGAAACGGGACGACAGGCAUCGUGAUAGGAAUGGCGUGGACUACCGGAAUUCUAGGGACAAAGGACGUGACCAUGGAAGACACCGGAGAUAGCACGACAAAGUCGGUUACUUUUGUUUUCAUUGGACUUAUCAGAUGGAAGAGGCAAUCGAUUGUACAUAACACUAUUAUAAAAGAUAUCAUGUGCGGAUAUCUUUGCUUGUUUAUAUGCAGCAUUCUUUCAAUAAUAACGCAAACCAUGUCAAUUAAAGCAUUUGUUUUCUGUA